UCUAACAUAAUAUAAACAUUUCAAACGUUUACUUUUAUGAACGCUUGCUCGUCCAAAUCAUUAGAAUUGUUCUCUUUUAAAUAGAUGAAAUAGUGAAAAGUAUAUGUAUAAAAUUUGUAUUAGUGUGUGGCUGAAUACUCUUGAUAUUUAAACGCUUCUUCCAUUUUUUAUCACACACCAAAGAUGUUAGGAUUUCUUGAAAUUUUAUACGUAUUCAUCGCUUUCUUUAUUGUACUAUAUUAUUAUUACAAGAUAAAAUUCAAUUUCUGGAAAAAGCGUGGUAUACCUGGGCCCAAACCUAUACUAUUUUUCGGCAACACAAAAGAUGUCAUAUUGCGAAGAAUGAACAUAAUGGAUUUUCACAAAGAGUUAUACAAUAAGUAUAGAAAUGAGCCACUAAUAGGAUUUUUCUACCAAACAGAGCCAUUUUUAUUCGUCAAUGAUCCUGAAAUGAUCAAGGAUGUCUUAAUUACAGAUAGUGCAGUAUUUGCAGGACGAGGUUCUAAUUAUUCUGAAAAGGCAGAUCCGUUAGACCAUCAUAUUUUCAAUAUGAAAUCAGACAAAGCGAAACUUAUAAGAGCAAAAGUAUCGCCUAUGUUCACAGCAAGCAAACUUAAGACCAUGGUUCCUUUAUGUCUAGAACGCUCGGAGAUUUUCAAAGAUUGGUUAGACACGCUGUUAUCGCGAAAUGAGAAGAUAAAUUAUAGUGACGUGAUAGAAAAAUAUACCAAUGACUUGAGUACUACUUGUCUAUUUGGUUAUGACUUGGAGGCUCUCAAAAAUGGUGAAAAUAAAGUUUUACAACAAAUAAGAAAAAAAGUUAAUGCCAAUACAUGGAAAAAUAUAUGCAAAUCAUUGCUACCAAAUAUAGUAAUGCAGAAAAAAUUAUAUGAUUUAAUCGGUUACUAUAUGUUUGGCAAUGCGCAAAAAUGGCAAUUUUUUACCGCAUUAGUCAAAGAUAUUGACAGUUACAGAAAAAAAUAUGGUAUUGAUAGGCACGAUCUUACUGACGUGAUCAUGGGAUUGAAACAAAACGAUCAGUUGGUUGUUGCAAAUGUCUUUACAUUUCUUUUGGGCGCAUGUGAUACAACUUCCGGAACAAUAACUAAUAUAAUGUAUGAAUUGGCUUUAAACCAAUCGAUCCAGGAUAAACUCCGUGAAGAAAUCAAAAGUGUACGCGAAAGGAUUAACGGAAAAGAAAUAACAUAUGAUGAUAUGAACACAAUGGCUUACUUGGAUGCGGUAUUUAAAGAAACGCUCCGAAAAUAUCCGCUAGGAGAGAUAAUAAUGAGACAGGCUAUGUCACUCUACACUUUUAGAAAUUCUGAAGUCACCAUCCCGAAAAAUCAACUAGUUGGUAUACCUGUUUGUGGUAUUCAUUAUAAUCCAGAUAUAUAUCCGAAACCAGAAGUUUAUGAUCCUGAAAGAUUCAUAAACCAUCGAUCCAAAAACAUCAAAAAAUUCCAUGUAUUAUUUCCCCUUCGGACAUGGUCCAAGAAAUUGGUGAACGGUUUGGGAAAUUGCAAACAAAAAUAUAUAUAUGGAUUAUUACUAUCAUAG